CACCGCAACCACUCUCUCCCCUCCGUCCUCCCAGCCACUUGCGGCGACACGACCCCCGCGAAGCAGCGACCUCCGGAUCGAGUGGAGAGCUACAGGCACACCGGCGUUGAUGGCGAUGGCGGCGCUGCGACGGGAGGGGAGGCGCGUCCUCCUCUCCGCCCCUUCCCCGGCGGCCGCCAUGGCUGCGCGCUCCCCCGCCGCCGCUCACCAGGAGGCUACCCCAUUUGGUGCACGCUCCAUUUCAACACAAGUUGUGAGGAACCGGAUGAAGAGUGUUAGAAACAUCCAGAAGAUCACAAAAGCAAUGAAGAUGGUUGCAGCAUCAAAGCUUCGAGCUGUUCAAAUAAGAACAGAAAAUUCACGUGGCCUAUGGCAGCCAUUCACCGCUCUUCUUGGGGACGUUCCUAGUGUUGAUGUCAAGAAGAAUGUUAUUGUAGCCAUUACCUCUGACAAGGGUCUUUGUGGUGGUAUAAACUCUACAUCAGUUAAAGUCAGCAAAGCACUCCACAAGUUGACUUCUGGUCCAGACAAAGAAAGCAAGUAUGUCAUAUUAGGUGAAAAGGGUAAAGUUCAACUCAUCCGUGACUCCAAGGAUAGCAUUGAGAUGACAGUAUCCGAGUUGCAGAAGAAUCCUAUCAACUACACACAGAUUGCUGUGCUGGCAGAUGAUAUCUUAAAAAAUGUUGAGUAUGAUGCUUUAAGGGUUGUUUUUAACAAGUUCCACUCGGUCAUAUCAUUCAAGCCCACAAUAACAACCAUACUAUCCCCAGAGGUUAUGGAGAAGGAAUCAGAAGCUGGUAAGGUUGGUGAUCUGGAUUCAUAUGAAAUUGAAGGAGGUGAAACUAAAUCGGAAAUUCUGCAGAACCUUACUGAAUUCCAGUUUUCUUGUGUUAUGUAUAAUGCUGCUUUAGAGAAUUCAUGCAGUGAGCUUGGAGCACGUAUGUCUGCCAUGGACAGCUCCAGCAGAAAUGCUGGUGAAAUGCUUGAUCGUCUCACACUCACAUACAACAGGACACGUCAAGCAUCUAUCACUACGGAGCUCAUUGAGAUCAUCUCUGGCGCUUCUGCCCUUGAGGGAUAAUGAUGAAAUUUUGGCCCUCUUUUUUUUUUUUUGGGUUUGCUAUUCCAGAAGUUCACGUGAUAUGGAGCAGGCUUGUUUUCCGUGGAGUGGAUCCUCAUGCUAAGUUGCAAUAAUUAGCCCAGUUACGUGACGGUGCUGCCGAUUCCGAAAAUGUUUGUUCCAGUUAUCUUUGUUUAUCCAAGCGGCGACAUAUUUUAAAGAAUCUUCAACAGCUGUGCGCAUUUUGCAUAAAUGAAGAUUCAUCACUUCUGUGAUUUAUAGACCAUCUUGCAUAAAUUUGUUUGAUUUCGCGUCCAUUCUGGUGUAUGGUAUCUACUCCGAAACGGUAAACCUACUUUACAGUUUAUUUUGUUUUUAACUUUCGUACCAAAA